AUGGCUACCAAGUCCGAGGAUGAUAAUAAGUCGGUGAGCGCACCUCCUGCAACUUCUAUGUCUGCGUUAUUCCAAUGCAGACGACCGUCAUCUGUAUUUUCCUUCCCACGAAGCAAACCGGAUCAUACUUCUACUCUAUCUCGCAUUCGUGAUAUUGUCUCCGCACCCGAUUUCAUGCCUUCCCCUGUCGUCCAAAAUGUCAACGCUUGCGCUGCUGCUCUCACAGCUACAGAUUUUUCCGAUAUUUUGCAGACGCCCAACAUCAAAGGUCACACCGCGUUGUAUUGGGCAAUCGUGAAUCACCAUAGCGAUGCAUUUGUGGCGUUUUAUAGAUGGAUUUCCCAAUUUUCGUCUGUUUGUACCUCCGACAUGCGUCUUGCAUGCAUGACCACUAGUAAUCACGAAUUGUUCACGGCGCUGAAUUUGGGACGUGUCGUUAAUCCCAAAGACGAGUCUUUGAGACGCUUUUUGGGUUGUCCGUCGGAUGAGAUUGAUGUGCAUGAUGAAGGGGAUGGACUGUGCAAGAACAAGUUCGUCGCUUGUCUCCGCAUCAGGAUGUUCCAGAAACGCCUGCGGAUUACAGAGGAGGACGUAUAUAGUUGUGGCAAUUUUACAUAGGGACUGAGGGGUAGUGGCGCACCGGGUUCAGUCUUUCUCAGCAUAGUUUUCCAGCUCACACAGAAGCUGAAUUCAUGAUCGAGGCCCACGGAGGGAAACCCGGUCGCACAAGUCCACCUUAACAGCUACGUUCGUAUCAUAUUGGACGUCGGGUGCUUGUUCCUGAGGGGUAGGUUUAAACACAUUCGAAGCCAAGGCAAACUGACGGUCCCAUGACCCCUCUUCCCCUGUCGGCUACGCAGAUCCAAGGUACCAGGUUCCAUAAGAUGAUAUUGGUCGUUUUACGAUUGGUUGAUGGACGAGUAAGUCUUCUCCCUUACGCUUCCCCAUCUCGAUCCAUUUGCACGUGUUGUUUGAGCGGUGAAUCUACCAAC